UUCGCAGCUGCGCAUCGGCGUGUUUGAACGACCUUUGACCUGAGCGGGAUUCUUCAGGACCUUCAAAGUUGUUUGUUUUUUUCUCCCCCAAAUUUGACAUUUUCCUCGGAUCUAGGUGACUAUUUCUGCCUUUGAAAGAUGAGUUCCAGUCGUGCGGGAAGUAGAACAAACAUGAACAGAAGACCGCCCUCGAGCAAGGACAACAACUCUAGACCUGGUACAGCAAAGAAGUCGUCCAGUGACCUGCUGAGUAAGGAGGAGGAGUACCUGCGUCUGAACGCUGAGCUGGAGGCACGGACGGCUACACUGGUGCAGGAGGCAGAGGAAGUACUGAGGGGACAGGACAGUCUGCUUUCACGGGUGUCCACGAUAGACCUGGACGAUGACUUGGAAAACUAUGGGAGAGAAACCUCUCCAGACCCUGUACAUCUAAGUGUGGAGCCUGAAGACGAGCCAGUAGUCAGACCUAAAGUCAGACCAACAUCCAACCAUACCAAACAGAGGAACAAGUCAAGAGCUUCUAGACCCAGGUCCAAGGCAGAGCUUGCAGCUGAGGAUGUAGCAGUGCCUGAUGAGGUGUCAGACUUCUCCCUCACAGAAACCAUCACUAAACUGGAGGGUGAGGUGGAGUCAGGCAGAACCCUGAAUGACAUGGAUGAUGUUCUACCUUCAGCAGCACAGGAGAUGGGCUCAGAGGCCCAGAUCAGGUUCCUGAAAGCCAAGCUGCGUGUGAUGCAGGAGGAAGUGGACAGACUGGGGCAUGAAUGUAACAAGAGGGGAGAUGAGAACUCUACACUGGUGACAAGAAUCAAAGACCUUGAGGAGGAGCGAGGACGACUGACCAGAACCACACAGACCCAGCAGUCACAGAUGGAGAAGUUCAAGAAGCUGUCAGAAGACGCCAAGAAGAAGUCGGACGGUCUUGAGCAGCAACUGGCUUCACUCAGGAAGGAACUGGAGACACUGAAGCGCCAGCAGAAGCAGGCAGACACAAACCACAGCGCCACGGAGGUGCGAUUAAACAGGGCCCUGGAGGAGGCGGAGAAAUACAAGCUGCAGCUACAGAAAGCAAAGUCAUCUUCAAAGGACACAACAGAGCAGGAACGGAGGAGAGUGGAUCAGCUGCAACAGGAGAACAAACGGCUGGAGAAGCAGAAGAAUGAGCUGAUGGCCGGCUUCAAGAAACAGCUCAAACUCAUCGACAUACUCAAACGGCAAAAGAUGCAUGUAGAAGCUGCAAAGAUGCUCAGCUUUACAGAAGAAGAGUUCGUCAAGGCUCUGGAAUGGGGGAAUUAAAUUCAGAUGAUGUAGUAAAAU